CGGAAGCACGAGUCCCAGCUGCAGCUGAGACGGUUGGCGGUUGCCGGCGGGGUGCGUUUUCUUAAAGCUCCUUGCCGCGGAGCCAGUCAGCAGCCAACAUGUCUAACAGAAACAAUAACAAGCUGCCCAGCAACUUGCCGCAGUUACAGAAUCUGAUCAAACGGGACCCGCCGGCCUACGUCGAGGAGUUUUUACAGCAGUAUAAUCACUACAAAUCCAAUGUGGAGAUUUUCAAAUUACAACCAAAUAAACCUAGCAAAGAACUGGCAGAGCUGGUGAUGUUUAUGGCACAGAUUGGUCACUGCUAUCCAGAACAUUUAAGUAACUUUCCUCAAGAGCUGAAAGAUCUUCUCUCCUACAAUCAUACUGUCUUGGAUCCAGAUCUUCGGAUGACAUUUUGCAAAGCUUUGAUCUUGCUGAGAAAUAAGAAUCUCAUCAAUCCAUCAAGUUUGCUAGAACUCUUCUUUGAACUUCUGCGUUGCCAUGAUAAGCUUCUGCGAAAGACUUUGUACACUCAUAUUGUGACUGAUAUCAAGAAUAUAAAUGCAAAACACAAGAACAAUAAAGUGAAUAUAGUAUUGCAGAAUUUCAUGUACACCAUGUUAAGAGACAGCAAUGCAACUGCAGCCAAGAUAUCUUUGGAUGUGAUGAUCGAACUCUACAGAAGAAACAUCUGGAACGAUGCCAAAACUGUCAAUGUGAUCACAACUGCGUGUUUCUCUAAGGUCACCAAGAUAUUAGUUGCUGCUUUGACAUUCUUCCUUGGGAAAGAUGAAGAGGAGAAACAGGACAGUGACUCAGAAUCUGAGGAUGAUGGACCAACAGCAAGAGACCUGCUAGUGCAGUAUGCCACAGGGAAGAAAAGCUCCAAACACAAGAAGAGGUUGGAAAAGGCUAUGAAAGUGCUCAAGAGACAAAAGAAGAAGAAAAAACCAGAGGUGUUUAAUUUUUCAGCUAUUCACUUGAUUCAUGAUCCCCAAGAUUUUGCAGAAAAACUGCUAAAGCAACUGGAGAGCUCUAAGGAGAGAUUUGAAGUGAAGAUGAUGCUCAUGAACCUCAUCUCCAGAUUAGUGGGAAUUCAUGAGCUUUUUCUCUUCAACUUUUAUCCGUUUGUGCAAAGAUUUCUGCAGCCCCACCAAAGAGAAGUAACAAAGAUCCUUCUUUUUGCUGCACAAGCAUCUCAUCACUUAGUACCCCCAGAGAUCAUUCAGUCAUUGCUCAUGACUGUGGCCAACAAUUUUGUUACCGACAAGAACUCUGGGGAAGUCAUGACAGUAGGAAUCAAUGCUAUAAAAGAGAUAACAGCUCGAUGUCCUCUAGCCAUGACUGAAGAACUUCUCCAAGAUCUGGCUCAGUAUAAAACCCACAAAGAUAAGAAUGUGAUGAUGUCUGCUAGAACUUUGAUUCAGCUCUUCCGAACACUGAAUCCUCAGAUGUUGCAGAAGAAAUUCCGGGGUAAACCUACAGAGGCCUCCAUAGAAGCAAGAGUGCAAGAAUAUGGAGAAUUAGAUGCUAAAGAUUACAUUCCAGGAGCAGAAAUUUUGGAAGUUGAAAAAGAAGAGGAGAAUGCUGAAAACGAUGAAGAGGGGUGGGAAAGUACCAGUCUCAGUGAGGAGGCAGAUGCUGAUGGUGAGUGGGUUGACGUGCACCACUCUUCUGAUGAAGAACAGCAAGAAAUUUCCAGGAAGCUGAACAGCAUGCCCAUGGAGGAGCGGAAAGCCAAAGCUGCAGCCAUCAGCACUAGCCGAGUUUUAACUCAAGAAGACUUCCAGAAAAUCCGCAUGGCCCAGAUGAGGAAAGAACUCGAUGCUGCCCCCGGGAAAGCCCAAAAGAGGAAAUACAUUGAAAUAGACAGUGAUGAGGAGCCCAGGGGCGAGUUACUUUCUCUUCGGGACAUUGAACGCCUUCAUAAAAAGCCAAAGUCUGACAAGGAGACAAGACUAGCAACUGCAAUGGCUGGAAAGAUAGACCGAAAAGAAUUUGUGAGGAAGAAAACCAAAAUGAAUCCAUUUUCCAGUUCCACAAAUAAAGAGAAGAAAAAACAGAAGAACUUUAUGAUGAUGCGGUAUAGCCAUAAUGUCCGGUCAAAAAAUAAGCGUUCCUUCCGAGAAAAGCAGCUGGCACUACGAGAUGCACUUUUAAAAAAGAGAAAAAGAAUGAAGUAACCUCCAAGCAAGUUUUCCAUUCCAAAGAGAAAGCUAAAUUUGUGUCAUUAUUUUGAAAAUUACUAAAUCAAGAAUGUUUGUUAACAUUAAAAAGUCCAGAAGCACUGUUUUGUGAAAAAUACAGUAAACUUGGUAGCAAUUUGAUGUUUUUUAUUUUGGGUAAUGGUGGGAAUGUUUGAAAUGUAAACAGUAGUGGUGUUAUAAAAUCAUUUUCAUUUAGCGUUUAUGCAAAAAAAAAUUGUUGUGUGCCUACUAGUUGUCACUGUAGAUAUAAAAAUGAAUGAGCCAUAACCCUUCACUCAAGACAUUCACAGCCUAUUUGGGGGAUGGGGGAGCAAGUGUGUACAUGUGUAUUUAUAAUGCAGUGUAAAUAGUUCUCCAGUAGAAAUAGGUUCAUAUUUCUGUGGGGUCUCUGAGGCCUUACAGACUAACUCUGCAGAAGAUGGGAGUUACAUAUUCUCUAAAAACUAAAUGGGACAAUGUUACAAGAGUAAGAGGUUCUUACUUGUAAAUAGGCUUACCUGCUGAAAACAGGUCCCUGCUGUACAGAUUUUGGGUAGACAGAUUAGCUCUUUUAGUCCAUCCAAAAGAUUUAAAUAUUUUUUUGAAUGAUUUAAAUAUUUUUUUGAAUGCCAGGUACAGGCUUUUUGGUUAAGACCUCGCUUUUUAAAUUGCCUUAAGUGUAAAGAGUAAUCUUGAAGUGUCUUUAGUCCAUUUGGGCUGCCCACUCUAACACAAAGGAAAAAGAAAUCAGAUUGGUUUCCUCAGCCUUCCUUCACCCUGAAAUCUUUUCAGCCCACUGUUUGCCUGGUCUCAAUAAACGGUUUCUAAUGUCAACUAGG